CAUAAUGACCAACGGAAGCAGCGGCGCCCAUCUCCUCUUCGGACUCAUUUCGUUGUGUCUCCGUUCUCGGCGUUUCGCUCAACAGCCGUUCCAACAUCCGCGAUAGCUGGUCCGCUUUGCGUUCCAGCUCUAAUGGCUCGAUUCUUUCCGCCGUCACAGGCUCCGAAAUCUCUGGGCCACAGUCACAAGCUCUUCUGCCUCGCUGACCCCAACCAUGGAUGCCAAUUUCACCUUGUCCUUUAUGGAUUUGGGCAAAAUUCAAACGAAUUGGCCUCAGCAGCCGUUCUCUCGCGUCGCCAUCCAACUCCGGAAGCACAAUCCCCAAGUGUCUGUUCAGUCUCUGAAAGGACACCACCAAGUCAACUCAAGUCAA